GGACGUCAAAAUAUCAUGUAUCGCGAGUCCAUUCGACGUGGAAAGAUAUAAAUACUAAAGCUAUCGACAGAAAAGGUCAACUGAUCAAAUUUGUACAAACAAUUAAAGAAACGAUUUCAUUAUACAUGUAAUAAAGAUUGAGUGGACGUAGCUCGACUGUCAACUCGAUUAAGUGAGUAGGAGUGAUCGUUGCAAGCAAAUGUGUGACAAAGAAGCAACUAAACCUGCCGACCACGCACGUGUACGUACAUGACAACAUUGAUUUCAUAUAUUGUGUCAAACUGUUUGUAUUUAGGUGGAUCCGAAGCAGAUGAUAAAGUAUCGCCACGAUGUGUGGUGUGGUCGGCGGCGUAAUCAUUCGUUCUUAUCUGCACAAAAUCAAAAGGGCUAGACCAUGGUAGUAACACAGGAAGUGAGUAAUCAUUCCAUAAAAUUAUUUGUGCCAUGUGUUUCUCUGCAAGAAUGACACAGGAUACCAAACAUCUGAUGUGGCCACAAGCAAAAAUGCAAUAUUUGCUACUUUUGCUGCAAUUAUUUGACAGCACUUUAGUGACAACAGCCAAAGAAUGGACUCAACUUUCACUCUCCCGCAGCACUUAUUUGGAAACCUAUAAGAAUUAUAUUGAUGCAGUGAUGAUGCACUUUGACAUUCCUGAAAACACAAUCAAUGCCGCCUUUAAAUUUCGCGGACGAAAUAGCAUGAGUAUUUUUGGUUGUCCCGCCCAAGAUGCAGAGCUGUAUCUUCAGUAUGGUGCACCACCAGUGAUAAAUCCAGACAAGUCAACUUUUCCUCAAGGUUUUUUAUUGUCUCGACGCGAGAGCAUUUAUAAUAUUAGCUUUAAAACCGACCAGGUGUAUACGUACAUUAAUAUUAGUUCACCAACUCCAGGAUCUUACUAUGCUGUGGUCUUUUUUCCUUAUGUAAAUCCCAAGGAACAAGGCAUCACACAAGAUGGUUUGUUACCUGUAUGCAACAGUUUUGUAGAUGCUGCAAUACUUGUGCAGCAAUUAAACAUCACUCCGAUAGUUUCGGAGCAAUCUAUAACCGUGAAUCUCCAGCCAGACGACGCUAAACUCUUCAAAAUCUACAUUCCAUGGAACGUCUACAAAGUGAUACUAGUCAUAAGCGAGUUUGCAUGUUCGGACUGCGACAAAAUCACGGUUCAAGCGCAAGUGUUCUCAUCGACUGCUUCAAUACCGCGACAAAUCGUUACUAUAAAAAGUAACACGGCUCAUUCCUUCACAGUUUUAGGUGAAAGCAAUUACUUCAUUAAAAUAUCAUCUGUUUUGACCGAAAGCGAUGAAAACGUAACAAGCAGCAUGGAUUUUCGUUUCAAUAGCAAGUUUAUUGAAACACCUGAACAUAACGAAAAAGAUUUAAAACAUUUGCCGAAAAACUGGGCCGAAGUUGCAGACAAGCUCACCAAAGAUGAACAAAACAAAUUAGUGGAAAGUCACAAAGAAAUGUUCAAUUUGAAUUCAUCACAUCUGUACUUCACCACGUCGUACUCCCCGGUCGCAACGCAAUACGAUGAAUACGUACUGUAUAAGACAAUUAGUAGCGAAAGUUUUCAAUUCGGUUAUGAAUUGAAGCCCAUUGAAGGUGGCUACGUUCCGAUCAGCAUCAAUAUCAGCAGCGUGGGCUUCACAGUGUUGAAGUUCAACAUUCGCGACGUGCUCGACGUCGGCGGGACAUUAAACGUCGCAUUGGCGUUUCGCCCACGCAUCCGGAAAGAGGCUAGAUGGAUUUAUGUCGACAAAGAACCACAGAAUCACACCGUAAUCGCAUGUAUUCACCGCGCUGGAAUAGAGACUCCUAUCUGGGAGAACAAAUGUCAAUUUCUCACCAGGCUAUCAUCAAGUCCCUUGAUUCUAAAUGACACAGUCACCAACGCGACCUUUAUGAUUCCGUUCCCGGAGCCAGGUAAUUGGUAUCUUAGUUUCAAGUUGUUUUGCGGUCAUUGCGAACCGUGUAAUUGUCCCAAAGAGUGCCGACAUUUAAUAGAGCAAUGUUUAUCAAGUUGCGAGGAAAAUUGUGCUGACGAUUGCCAUAUUUGUCAAGAUAAAUGCGAGAAAAUCGUCGUAAGUGGUAAAGCCGAAUGUAAGACUUGCGAUUGUGAUGGCAAUUGUUUGAAGUCUCAGACCAGGGACGAAAUUUGUAAUUCUUCCGUUCUGUAUGACAUUUCAUCUUAUCCAUGCGUGGUGAACAAAUGCGGAAGAAAUGGCAAGUGUACAUUUGGACUCUCUGAAGGUUUCGUGUACUCGACUUGUGUUUGUUUUAAUAAUUACAGAGGCUGGGACUGUGAAGAUGACACAAAUGCAAACUCGUUGUUUAUGAUUUGGCUGGAACUGAUACUUCUAGUGUUUAGUAAUUUUGCCUUCAUGAUUACCGUCUAUGUCGCGUACAAACGCGCUUGCUACGUCGAAGCUCUCACGUAUGCUUCAAUUCUAAUCGCCUCUACGUUUUACCACGCCUGUGAUGCGGGAGAGAAUCGCAUUAAUUUCUGCCUCGUCAACUUAUACGUCCUGCAAUUCUGUGAUUUUUACUGUGCUAUUCUCUCCAUCUGGGUGACGCUCGUAUUAAUGGCUCAUCUACCGCCCCCAUUUCCGCACCUUUUACAUGUUUUCGGUGCGAUCUUUUUGGGCGCUGGUGUUACAAUGGACAAGAAAUCCAUCUGGGUUUUUAUAGUACCUGUUAGUACAGCGGCUUUGCUUGUUGUGUUCAGCUGGGCAAUUAAAAAUUACCGGAUUCGUAAAGGCAACAGUGAAUAUUCGGUGAAAAUCUUUCCUAGCAAAAGAUAUUUAAUGAUUUUUUUACCACUGGGAUUACUUGUUGCUCUGAUUGCACUGGCGGCCUUUGCACUGUUUGAAACAAAGAGUAAUUAUAAAUAUGUGCACUCUUUCUGGCAUUUAAUGAUGGCUAUUGCAGUGGUCAUCUUGUUGACAAAAGAUCAGGAUUUUAAUACAAAGCUAGACAAUGGUAAUGCUGCCGAAUGAAAGUGUUAAUGACGUUGUUCGCAUUUCGUAUAAAGAGUUAUGUGAUUUCUGAGAUAUAGUGUUUUAUUAUAAUAUAGAGUUUUA